AUGAUGUUGACGAUUUAUGAAUUUCUCUGGUGGUCUUUCCUGGUUGUGGUAACAGUCACGGCUAAGCGAUCAGGUUCUAUAAUUAAUGGCACGUUGACGUCGGAUGAAAAGAAGUUGAUCAAAAUCUUGCUGAAGGAAUAUGAAGACCGUGGGAUAUACGGCAGACCAGUUCUGAAUUUCCACGAUAUUAUCAAGGUUCAUUUUGGACUUAAUCUUAUACAAAUAAUGGAACUGGAUGCCAAAAACCAAGUGUUAAUUCUGAACGUAUGGGAUAGAUUGGAAUGGAAUGACACGUUUCUGCGGUGGAACCCCGCCGACUUUGGAGACGUGACAGAAGUCCGUGUUCCGGCAGAGAAAAUCUGGACUCCAGACAUAAAACUGUACAACUAUGCUGACCAGAGGAUUGAUGAACAUCGGCAGGCUUUGGCCGUGGUUUACAGUUCCGGACAGGUGCUCUGGAUGCCCCAGGCGGUCUACAAAAGCUCCUGUGCUAUAGACAUCAAAUAUUUCCCGUUUGACGAACAAGAGUGCAGAUUAAAAUUCGGAUCGUGGACGUACAACGGCCUUAAGAUGGAUAUGGAAUUUGCCAAGGGAAUGUUGGCUUACGACAUGAGUGAUUAUAUCGUGAACAAGGAGUGGGAAAUUAUUGAAAAUAGAGGAAUUAAAAAUGUGAUAAAGUAUACCUGUUGCCCGGAGAUUUACCCCGAUUUGACAUUCAUCCUCCGGAUGCGGAGAAGUGCCGUGUUUUACAACUACAUCCUCAUCCUGCCAUGUGUCCUCUUGUCUACACUUACCCUUGUUCUGUUCUGGAUACCACCCGAGUCGCCGGCUAAGAUGCAGCUGGGUAUGAACAUAUUUGUGGCGUUCUUCGUCUUACUGUUGUUGUUAGAGGAAUCUAUUCCACCGGCGGCAUCGACCAUCCCACUCAUCGGUGUGUAUUAUUGCCUUAACAUGAUCCUCAUCACGCUGUCCUCUUUCCUCAAUGUCAUCGUCGUCAACCUCUCGUUUUAUGGAGCCAGAGGACCAAUGCCUAAAAUACUGAAAAAGGUAUUCAUCGAUGUCUUGGGAAAAAUCCUGUGCAUGGAUUGUUUCCAGGAAAAGAAGGCGUCGGAUAAAGAUGAGAAGAUUUUACCUCGUAACAGACGCUACCUAACAGGACAGCGAUUCGAGUGUUCCAACGGCUACAAUAAAUGGUCCGAGAACUGGAAAAGUUCCGCUGAACACUUGUUUCAAGGAAAACGCGAUUCCGAAUCAUUACAGUCUAACAACUCGACGCCUUUGCGAUCGUAUGAGGCGUCGUACUUAGAAAAGCAAGUGAGCGAUAUCAGAACUAGAAUAAACGAGUGGGCAGCUAGAACUGCCGAGAAGGAGCGCAGAGACAAAAUGGCCAAGGAGUGGAAACAACUCGCGCUCGUGCUGGACAGAAUUUUUUUCCUUAUCUACCUAACGACUGUCAUCGUGUCACUGGCAACAAUAUUCACACAGCCGAAUCGCAUGUAGUCUGUGUCGUCAUAUUAAGAAUACGGUGCUUCUUCUUACACUUGCCACUUGUGUCCAAUUUUUUAAGGCCGGAACACAAGAAAAGACCCUAGUAGUACAACAUUAUCGGAAUCCAACGCAACGCAAACUCCACGACAAGACCCAAACAUGAGAACAAAAUCUAGCACCACGAGAAGACCAGGCACAAGAAUCCCACGACCCGAGCACCAUGAGAAGACCCAAACACCACGAGAUGACCUAAAGACCAGGACACAAACCGAUCACCACAGACAGCUUUUGUAAGGCCGAAAAAGAUUUGUUAACGCAGAAGUGUCAGUCCAGAAGUAUCGACCCAGAAGUGUCAACCCAGAGGUAUCAACAUAGAAGUGUUUACCCAGAAUUAUCUACACAGAAG